AUGGAUAACAAAACAGAAAGUAGAGUUAAAAAACAUAUAUAUGUUGAGAGAAAAACAAGAUUGUGCUUUCAUAUAGCAGAAAAGCACAGUGAAUCAAAAGGUGCUAGAAGAAGAUUUUUAGGGCUGGCAAUAAGAGUGCUUUUUGCACUUUUUGUUUUCAGCAUACAACAAGUCUGUGCAAUGCUAACGAGAAAUGACGCAGAGAAACUGCAGCAAAUGCUAGUAUACGAAGAGGAGGAUGUAGAGUGGGUUGUCAAUCCAUAUGGCCCGCUAAGUCCAUUUGGAUUGUAUAUAUACAAUAAGACUGGCUAUAUGCAUACACAUAGAUUUUUUAAUACUUAUAUAGAUGCAUAUUAUAAUAUAUCUGGCAAAAAUAAUAACCAGUUUAUAAGAGAUCCUACAAAUGACCAGGCUUACUUCUCUUAUUCGGAUGGUAGUGAAGUACCAAAAGAAGUAAAGGAAUAUUACACCACCCUCAUCAAUAUGUUUCCUUCACCUAAUCAUGCAAUAAGCAUUUACCCCAAAGAAGACUGUAAGGACUCGUUUACUCUUUUCUUGAAAAGCAAUCUUGUGAAAGAGCAUGCACAUACAAUUCUUGCAGCAUUGCUUCUUCGAACAGAGGGGAUGGAUAUACCACUGUCCAUUAAGUAUAAUAAAACCAAGAUUCCUUAUCUUGCAUGGAAAGGCGGAGCCCAUGAGGCAGAGAACUUCAGCCUUGAAAUAGUUGUUCCUUGUUCUGAGAUGCAAGAAGACGAUUUUAGGAAAAGAAGAUGUGAACUUCUUCAAUAUAAAUCUGAGCAGGUUAUUAAGUUUUUCUUGCGUAUGAAUUCACUAGUUCAAUCUGGUAUAAAAGAUUCUAUGGCUACGGAAGAAAAAAUAGGAUUUUGGGAAGAUGAGUUUUGUGAUAGUAAGAGCUGGCUUAUACAAUCAUACAUAUAUUACUAUCUGGAAACUAAAGAAGACGCUGCUUGCUUUAAUAGGACAGUAUACACGAUGCUGGAUGAGCAUAUAAAAAAGUGUGAAAGGGAAAAUAGAGAUGGGCAAAAAGACAUUAGUGAGAAGUUCCUUAAGAGAUGCUUUAUGCAAUGCGAUUCACUUUCAGAUGAACUUAAAUACUGGAGGAAAAUAGAAGAACUUGAAGGUACUAUUGAGGUUCCGAAAAAGAAGAGACUGCUUCCCUUUACAGAUUCAGAGCAUGCACCUAUUAGAACAACAGUAGAUGUGCAAAUUUGUGAUGACACGUAUCUAACAACAGAUGUCUUCUUAACAGAUGUAGAAUCUGCAUUGCUUGGGCUGUUUUGCUGCUUUGCAUACGAUCCAGAUUGUGUUAUAUACAGUGUUGGCCAUAUGAAAAAUUCCCCUAACGCGGUAAGGGAUUUCUUUUCUAAUAUACCAUCUUCCUUGCCUAUUUAUAUUUUAAAUAGAGAAAUUGGAGUAGAAGAAAAUUUAAAUAGGAUCAAUCCUUUAGGAAGUAUUAAAUUGCUUCCAGGAAAGGAGAUACCUAUGGAUGUUCAGAAAGCAUGGAAGAAUAUAGUCAGAGAUUGUUGUAGUGCUGAUCUGAGAUUCAAUGAAUCAAAUGAUGACAAUGCUCUUGCUGGAGGGAUUCUUAACGUGCUAACAGCAAUUUUACAACUCGCAGGAGAAUACAAUGAAGUAAACAAAGAAAAAAUCGAAUCUUUUAAGGACGAAUUAUUACUAAUGAUAAUGAGUAGAACUACUAAUGAUCAGAUUGUUAAAGACAUACAAGAAUACGCAGAAACUCUAUUUGCUUCUCUCUCCCAGCGGUGUACUUCAUGCGAUGGAUUGGUAGAAUGGUAUAAUUAUAAAUCAGAUGAAUCUGAAAGAAAAAGAGAAAGAAAGAUCUUUAUAAGCUUCAUAUCUUUCGGGAUACAUAUUAAUGGAAAUGAAAUUGAUCUAUAUGGAAGCAUGCAAAUCUACUAUGCAUAUAAAAACCAGGCACAGCCCAUAAUAUUGCACUUAAUUAAUGCAGACAUAACACAUUUAGAAAUUGGAAAGAAGGUUGUAAGGCUGGAUAAAUCUAAAGCAAAUGCAAGAGAAGAAGUCAAAAAGGAGUUAGAAACAUCACUUAAAGAAAAUAGUUUCAUUCAACACAUUCUCUUUGAUUACAUUAAAAAAAUAGAGAGUUAUACACUGCCUGAGUAUGUGAUAGCUGACCCAUAUAUAGCUAAAAGUGAAGAACUUGAAUAUCGCGAUAAGAUAGUUAGUCUUCAUUAUAUGCAGCCAACUCAAUAUAUCAGUGCAACUAAGUAUGGUGUGGUGGACUGCCUGUUAAAUCGAAUGUACAUCACACCAAAUUAUAUAAGAACUAUUUUGGAUAAAGAACGCUAUUUAAACAAUAUACUAAUAAGCACUCCAGUGUCUAGUAUAGAGAAUUUGCUAUUUUUAAUUGUUUGCAUAAGCAGCAGGAGGGGAAAUAUCUACGAUAAUUUGGAAGAAAUACGAAAAGCUACACAGAAAUCCAGCAUGCCCCGAGAUGACAUAACAAUAAAAGUUAUGGUCAAAAUAGUUUCUAUUCUACUCAGAUGUAGUGCCGACAUUGACCUAGCUAAUGUACUGGCUGCAUAUGCUCAGAUAUACUGGGGUAGUGACAAAAUGUGCAUUGCCAAAAUAGUUGAAAAACAUCCUAGACAGAAAGAUAGAAUAUUGAAGUGUCUAGAUCGACAUAUGACUGUCAAACGUAGAAAGUCAGCAAAAAAAAGGAAAAUGAUAAUGCGUCGCAAGCCAAGAAUGAAUCCUAAGAGAACAUGCACUGCAUAA